UUGCAGAUAUACAACUUCAAGUUUUAAUAUUUUUAGUUUAUUUCGCACGGUUUUUGAUUGUAAAUUUGCAAACAUUUUACGCAAAAUAAGAAACACUUUCAGGCAGCGCAAGAACAAGUCACGCCAGAGGCAGCAGCAGCAGCAGCAACAGCAGCAGCAGCAAGAAUCGGCAGCCCGAGACUCUGCGAGGAAAAGUCGCCUGCUGGCGGACACGGACGUAGAAAUGGAGAGCAAUCUCAAUCGCAUGAUUAACCAGACGCUGCGCCAUCAGCUGAGUGGACAGCUAAGCAAAUAUACGAAUGUGAUGAAGGGCUGGCAGUAUCGCUGGUUCACGGUGGACGCCAAGACAGGCUUUCUUAGUUACUACUUGUGCGACUCGUCUGCCGUUGGCGAUGACAUUGCGCCCUCGCCCCAUGUCCUGGCGAGCGCCCCUCGCGGUCAGGUGCAGCUGGCGGGCGCCGUCGUGUACCCCAGCGACGAGGAUUCGCGCACCUUUUCCAUUGCCUGCGCCUCGGGGGAUACGGUGAAGCUGCGUGCCAACGAUGCUCGGGCGCGUCAGGAGUGGGUGGACGGCCUGCGGGCGGUGGUCGAGAGCCACACCAAGGCCAUGGACAUAAGCAAUUCAUCGCCACUGCCGCCACGUGAGCUGCUGGCAGCUUCCGAUGCAAUGGUUUCUGCCCGUCAGGCGCUGUUCCUCACAGAGCAAUGCAACGCCUCACUGGCCAGGGCCAUUGAGAGCAUCGAUUGUGCUUCCUUUACGCCCACUGAUCCCGAUCUGCUGCUGCUCAAGGCCAUCUCCACGGCCAGCACACAGUGCCUGCACCAGUGUCUGGGUCUGCUGCAGCGCCAUCAAGAGAUGAAUCAGCCACCCGCGGCAGAGGCGCUGCCCAUUAUGCUCUAAAGCGGAGUGGAAGGAAACACUGCCCCGGAAGGAAGGAGCAUCCAUCAUCGCAUCUAUUAACCAGUAUUCCAGUAUCUGAAAAGCAAUAAACAGCGACUCCAAAUCGCAUUCGUGUGGGAAUGUGCGUUUGGUAAGCGAGAAA